AUUGACGCUUCGUGCCGGGGCAUCAAUUGUCGAAUCGCUGCCGCAGAUCGGCGCCAAGAUGCGCCCCUCGCUCAAGAAGGCCAUGUUUCACCUGGCGUGGUCCCCGGACUCGCUGCCCACGGCGGACUCCAUCUCCCCGCUGCUGCAGUACCUGGACUGCCACCUGCAGAGCUUGAACGCGGCGCUGCUGCCCAAGAACUUCGAGCGCGCGCUGUCCGAAGUCUGGGAGGUGGUGCUCCUCGAGCUGGGCCACCAGAUGGACGGCUCGUCGGGCGACAAGCUGCCGGGCUUCUACGACCGGCUGCACGAGGCCCUGGGUAUCCUGCUCGCCUUCUUCCACGCCGACUCGCUCGGCCUGCACCUCGAGGCCCUGCGGACGCCCACGUACUUUCGUGUGGACCAGCGGCUGCAGUACCACCGCACGGACACGGAGAGGCUCAUGGACCUGUACCACCAGCAGCGCCUGGGCGCCCAGCUCGGCUGCGACUCGGCCGAGUACGGCGUGCUGUCCGUGCGCGCCUACUUCAACCACGACUCGCUCUGCGUCGAGGUGCUGAGCGCGCGGGACGUCAUCCCCCUGGACCCGAACGGUUUUAGCGACCCUUUCGUCAUCGUGGAGCUGAUUCCACGACGCAUGUUCCCCCACUGCGCAGAGCAGACGACGCACGUCCACAAGAAGACGCUCAACCCCGUCUUCGACGAGUGCUUCGAAUUCUCGGUGACGCUAGAACAGUGCCGCUCCGAGGGCGCCAUGAUCCUGUUCACCGUCAUGGACCACGACGUCCUCACGGCCAACGACUUCGCAGGAGAGGCCUUCCUGGCGCUGUCUUCGGUGCCCGGAGUAGCGGACACCAACUCGUCCAUUGACAACUUCCACGGCCUGAAGCAGGCCGAGCUACCUCUGAUGCACCAGAAAAAUAGGA